GCAAGACCGAGCUGGAGCUGCCCGAGACCCGCCGUCGGAUGGGGAAGCAGGCUCAGUACGUCAACUCGUAUCCGUUCGUGUGGGACGACUUCCAGAAGAACGGCUACGUUACCAUGUUCGCCGAAGACCAGCCGCACAUUGGGACCUUCACAUACCGUUUGCGUGGGUUCGACGCCCCCCCGACGCACCAUUACAUGCGGCCGUUCUUCGUGAGCGUCUACCCCGAGUACAAGGACCACCCCAAGUUGUGCCUGAGGAACACCCCGCGACACAAGGUAUUCUUCAAGUACAUCGAGGACUUCAUGGACGAGUACAAGGGCGAGCCCAAGUUCGCCUUCGCCUUCCACUCCGAGCUGUCCCAUGACGACUUCAAUCUCGUGUCCGUUGCCGACGACGACCUCCUGGCGCUGCUCGCUGGCCUCCGCGAUCGGGGCCACCUCAAUGACACCGUCCUCGUCCUCAUGAGCGACCACGGCCACAGGUUCACCACCAUACGCAGCACACAGCAGGGCAAGCAGGAGGAGCGGCUUCCUUUUAUGGCACUGGUGUUGCCGCAGAGUGUGAAGGAAAGUUACCCUUCGGCUGUUGGUAAUGUCAGGUAAGUUGUGAGUACUUUCGG